GUAUGGCGGGUAUGGAAGGAAGCUUCACAGAUCUUCGAUCAACACGAGAAGUCCUUGAUCUGCUGAAUGAUGGAGGCGAAUCGGUGCUUUGGGAGGUACUUGGUCGCGAUAUCAGCCAACUGGUGCUCGCUGGGCCGGUGGUGAAGAGUGAUUUGUCCCCGUAGUACUAGCUCCCGGAUGAAAAAGUACCUCAGGGCCACGUGCUUCGUGCGUUGAGAGUGCAUGGCAUUCCCGGCCACUGUCAGCGCUCCGGUGCUGUCGCUGUUGAUGGGAACCGAUCCGAAGGUCUUGAAGUUGAGUUCCGUCAUAAAAUUUGAGAUGUAGACCGCCUCUCUGGCUGAGUAGCUAAGUGCUUGAAUCUCGGCUUCGACCGUGCUUUGCGCGGUUAGAGUUUGAGUCUUCGCACCGUAGCUGAUGAGUCCUCCAGCCAGAAAGAAGAGAUAUCCCGUGGUAGAUCUUCCGUUGUCGGGGUUUGCUCCGGAGGAUGAAUCCGGAAGAGCCGCUAGCCAAAACUGUCCUCUCUUGUAGACGAUAGGAAGAACUGGAUUACCCCGAAGGUAUCGCAGAACGUGCUUGGCUGCUGUCAUGUUCACCUGCGCUGGGUUGCUGCAGGCCUUGGAAAGUUGUAGGGCAGCGUAGGAGAGGUCGAAUCGCGUGCACUGGGCCAGGUAGAGGAUGCUUCCUGUCAUCGACUGGUAGAUUUUCUUGUCCGUGGGUCCUAGGAUUUGGUCCUGAGGUUGAUUCGUGGAGAUUUCCGCUCCGUAUCCAGGAGUGCUCACUGGGUUGGCCUCUUGCAUUCCGAACCGCUCCAGAAGUGUGUUCACGUAGUGCUCCUGUGAAAUGGCCAGGGUUCCUU